AUGGACAAGACACAGCAGGAAGGUGGCAUUGCCAACACGCCGGAGCCACCGUACUAUGCCGUGGUGUUCACCUCCGUGCGCAGCGACCAAGACCCGCAAGGCUACGCGGUCACCGCCGACCGCAUGGUCGAGCUCGCACGACAGCAGCCGGGCUUCCUGGGCGUGGAGAGCGUGCGGGAGGGCGGCGUCCACGGCCUGGGCGUGACGGUCUCCUACUGGCGCGACCUCGCCUCGAUAGGCGCGUGGAAAGCCGUAGGCGAGCACCGCCUGGCCCAGCAGCACGGACGCGCCAAGUGGUACCAGGCCUUCACAACUCGCAUCGCCCGCGUGGAGCGUGACUACUCCUUCAUAACCUCACCCGCCAACUCCGCCAAGCUGUGA